AUGGGCGGUAUCAGCCUUGAGGAAAUAAAAAACGAGAACGUUGAUCUGGAAAGAAUUCCAGUGGAGGAAGUGUUUGAGCAGCUGAAAUGCUCAAGAGCAGGUCUAACAUCAGACGAAGGAGCCAGUCGGCUUCAAGUUUUUGGACCAAACAAAUUGGAAGAGAAAAAGGAAAGCAAAAUUUUGAAGUUUUUGGGUUUCAUGUGGAACCCCUUGUCAUGGGUUAUGGAAGCUGCUGCUAUAAUGGCCAUUGCUUUGGCCAAUGGUGGAGGAAGGCCUCCGGAUUGGCAAGAUUUCGUUGGUAUCAUUGCUCUCUUGUUCAUUAACUCCACAAUCAGUUUCAUCGAAGAAAACAACGCCGGCAAUGCUGCUGCUGCACUCAUGGCUGGUUUAGCUCCCAAGACUAAGGUUCUCAGAGAUGGGAGAUGGACUGAACAAGAUGCUGCAAUUUUGGUCCCAGGAGACAUAGUCAGCAUCAAACUGGGAGAUAUCAUUCCUGCCGAUGCCCGUCUUCUAGAGGGUGAUGCUCUGAGUGUUGAUCAGUCUGCUUUGACUGGAGAGUCUCUCCCAGUGACAAAGAAUCCCUCUGAUGAAGUGUUUUCUGGAUCAACUGUUAAGAAGGGUGAGAUAGAAGCAGUAGUGAUUGCCACUGGGGUGCACACAUUUUUUGGCAAAGCUGCUCAUUUGGUUGACAGCACCAAUCAAGUUGGUCACUUCCAGAAAGUCCUUACAGCAAUUGGUAACUUCUGCAUUUGCUCCAUUGCGGUUGGAAUAAUCAUUGAGCUCAUAGUCAUGUACCCAAUACAACACCGCAAGUACAGAGAUGGGAUUGACAAUCUGUUGGUUCUCUUGAUUGGAGGAAUUCCAAUUGCCAUGCCAACUGUUUUGUCUGUCACUAUGGCUAUUGGUUCUCACAGGCUUUCACAGCAAGGUGCCAUUACAAAACGUAUGACGGCUAUUGAGGAAAUGGCAGGAAUGGAUGUCCUCUGCAGUGACAAAACUGGGACUCUCACCCUAAAUAAGCUCAGUGUUGACAAAAACCUGAUUGAGGUUUUUGCCAAGGGUAUUGAGAAGGAUUAUGUUAUCCUUCUAGCAGCUAGGGCUUCUAGGACGGAGAAUCAGGAUGCUAUAGAUGCUGCAAUUGUUGGGAUGCUUGCUGAUCCAAAGGAGGCUCGAGCUGGUAUCAGGGAGGUCCAUUUUCUUCCAUUCAAUCCUGUGGACAAGAGGACUGCUCUAACUUAUAUUGAUUCUGAUGGAAAUUGGCAUCGAUCUAGCAAAGGUGCUCCUGAGCAGAUAUUGAACCUCUGCAACUGCAAAGAGGAUGUCAGAAAGAGGGUUCAUGGAGUGAUUGACAAGUUUGCUGAGCGAGGACUCCGUUCUUUAGGUGUUGCUCGGCAGGAGGUACCUGAGAAAAACAAGGAUAGUCCUGGUGCACCAUGGCAAUUUGUUGGUUUACUACCACUUUUUGAUCCUCCAAGGCACGAUAGUGCAGAAACUAUCACAAGAGCUCUGAACCUUGGUGUGAAUGUUAAGAUGAUUACUGGUGAUCAGCUUGCGAUUGCCAAGGAAACUGGCCGAAGGCUUGGCAUGGGAACAAACAUGUAUCCGUCUUCUUCAUUGCUUGGCCAAAGCAAGGAUGCUUCUGUUUCAGCUCUUCCAGUUGAUGAAUUAAUUGAGAAAGCUGAUGGAUUUGCUGGAGUAUUUCCUGAACACAAGUAUGAAAUCGUGAAGAGGCUGCAAGACAGGAAGCAUAUAUGUGGAAUGACAGGUGAUGGUGUCAACGAUGCCCCUGCAUUAAAGAAAGCAGACAUUGGAAUUGCUGUUGCUGAUGCCACAGAUGCUGCUAGAAGUGCUUCUGACAUUGUGCUCACUGAACCUGGUCUGAGUGUCAUUAUUAGUGCAGUGCUCACCAGCAGGGCAAUUUUCCAAAGGAUGAAGAAUUAUACUAUCUAUGCUGUGUCAAUCACCAUUCGAAUAGUUUUUGGUUUCAUGUUUAUUGCUUUGAUUUGGAAAUUUGAUUUUGCACCCUUCAUGGUGUUGAUUAUUGCUAUACUAAACGAUGGUACCAUCAUGACAAUAUCCAAGGAUCGAGUGAAACCAUCUCCACUGCCAGACAGCUGGAAGCUGAGGGAGAUAUUUGCAACUGGUGUUGUGCUAGGUAGUUACUUGGCUCUAAUGACAGUGGUAUUUUUCUGGCUCAUCAAGGAUACCGACUUCUGCUCGGACAAGUUUGGUGUGAGGUCUAUAAGAAAUAGCCCCGGAGAAAUGAUGGCAGCCCUGUACCUACAAGUCAGUAUUAUAAGUCAAGCACUGAUUUUUGUUACCAGGUCGCGCAGCUGGUCCUACGUUGAGAGACCUGGUCUUCUCCUACUGAGUGCUUUUAUGAUUGCACAACUGGUGGCAACUUUUCUAGCAGUAUAUGCUAACUGGGGCUUUGCAAGAAUUAAGGGAAUGGGAUGGGGUUGGGCAGGUGUAAUCUGGCUCUACAGUUUAGUGACAUAUUUUCCACUUGAUAUACUUAAAUUCACAAUCCGCUAUGUUCUGAGUGGGAAAGCUUGGGACAAUCUUCUGGAGAACAAGACUGCCUUCACCACAAAGAAAGACUACGGCAAAGAAGAGAGAGAAGCACAGUGGGCAACUGCUCAGAGAACUCUUCACGGUCUUCAGCCACCUGAAACAACCAACCUUUUCAAUGACAAGAAUAGUUACAGGGAGCUUUCAGAGAUUGCUGAGCAAGCCAAGAGACGUGCUGAGGUUGCAAGACUAAGGGAGCUUCAUACUCUGAAAGGACACGUUGAGUCAGUGGUAAAGCUGAAAGGACUUGACAUAGAUACAAUCCAACAGCAUUACACAGUUUAA